UGGUGCCGACCGAGAUGCUGCGAACCAAGGGAAAUAUCAUCCGUGGUUGCCUUCCUUACUGUCGCACAUUUGCGACCCAACCCCCCAAGGUACCCCUGCCGCCGCUACCACCACUACCUGGAAAAGGAAACGAAAGUUCAGAUGCACCUCCGUCAACCAUUGACACACCCUCCCCUCCUCCGCAACCGACAUCCUCAGGCCUUUUGGAUCGCUUUGCUAGUAAGCUUCGACGGGAUAUUGAAGAAAUGGAGCAGAGGCGGAAGGAGAAGGAAGCGGCGGCUGGACUCUCACUCCCAGAGACUGCUAUCCCAAAAGUUCAAAAACAACCAGGAUUGCUCUCACGGGUGGACGAACGACUGCAACAGCAGCGACGUGAAUUGGAGGCUGCUCAGUUGGCCAAGAGGGAAGCGGGACAGUCUUCCAGAGUAUCCCCAUCCCUGCAGAAGCGAAUGGAUGAAUACCUUGAUUUAGACGCGAAUCUUCGGGAGAGGGAAGAAUUAUUGAAGAAGGCCUUCCGGGAAGGCUACUGGGAUGACUAUAAAGAGGCCGCAAGAAAAGGCGCAAAGCUGUGGGAAGCACCGCGUCGGAUGCGAAAUGCUAAUGCAAGCCCACUAGUACCUAAUCCGCAAAGUCGAACAUUGGCUGGCCAGACAACCGAUGUGAUGUCGCUUGUCAGAAACAAGAAAGCCUCUCUCGUGACCUUCAUGUUCUCUGCCUUUGGCGAGCCACACGUAAAUAGCUUUGCGGAUCGGUUUUUAAAGGAAUUUAAGGACGUCCCGGAAGUGCAAUUGGUUCAACUAAAUAUUGAGGAAAACUGGGUGAAAGCGCCAGUACUUAAAAUGCUAACACCUGUUGUCCGAUGGAGAGUACCAAAAGAUCGAAGGGAUAAAUAUCUACUACACUACUCCUCCAUCGCUGAUGCUCGACGUUCUGCGGGGAUGACGAAUAAUGUUCUAGGUUGGGUGAACUUGGUUGAUUCACAAGGUCGUAUUAGAUGGCAGGCGCAUGGUUUGGCCAAGGAUCAUGAACUAGCCACCAUGAUUAAAUUGACCCGGAAAUUGGCCGGCCUCUCCGAUGUAGUGGCACCCGAUAUGAUGGACGACGUUCCCCCAGAUGUUGCUCAAGCGAAGAAGGCUCCGAGCGUGUGAUAAUCUUUAUGUACAGGACAGCAUUGCAUCAUAUUCAUUGAUUAGAUAGAACUGUUUCCAUUCUUGUGCGUUCGUGAAAUCUCGAACUUAGAGGAAAAUUGUUUCCAAACUGUGCUCUUGUGAUUAUGCUACAUGAUCGAUACGCGGUUGUGCAUGAAGCGUCUCGGGUAGUUAUUGUUCUGAUUCGCUUUUAGCACAAAGCAGGGGUAGUCGGUAGUAAGUGGGCCUGUAGGUAUGGAGAGCGUCUAACAACAAUUAUGUGCGCGGAGUGGUUAAGGAGAG